AUGUCUGAAGGAGAAAUCGAAGUCGAGGCCGCCUCCGGCUACCAAGUGCUCCCAAAGGAGGUUGUUGAGGAGAUUGGAAGCAUCAAGCUUUUCAACAAAUGGAGCUACGAGGAUGUUGAGAUCCGCGACAUCUCUUUGACCGAUUACAUUCAAAUCAGAGCACCAGUCUACAUCUCCCAUUCCGCCGGUCGAUAUGCGCAAAAGAGAUUCAGAAAGGCCAACUGCCCAAUCAUUGAGCGUCUUACCAACUCCUUGAUGAUGAACGGUCGCAACAACGGAAAGAAGCUCAUGGCUGUCCGCAUUGUUGCCCACGCCUUCGAGAUCAUCCACAUCAUGACCGACCAAAACCCGAUCCAAGUCGCCGUUGAUGCUAUCGUCAACUGCGGUCCUCGCGAAGACUCCACCCGUAUCGGAUCCGCCGGUACCGUCCGUCGUCAAGCCGUCGAUGUCUCCCCUCUCCGCCGUGUCAACCAAGCUAUUGCCCUCCUUACCAUCGGUGCCCGUGAAGCUUCGUUCAGAAACGUCAAGUCCAUUGCUGAGUGUUUGGCUGAAGAAUUGAUCAACGCCGCUAAGGGAAGCAGCAACUCCUACGCCAUCAAGAAGAAGGAUGAGUUGGAGCGUGUUGCCAAGAGCAAUCGUUAA